AAGGCAAAUACUGGUCGAAUCGCGUCUUUAUGUUUUGGCUGCGUAUAUUAUAAUCUUUUCUAAAAAAAUACUGGGCGAAUACCCGAAAUUUUCCCUUCCGAUGUAACAUUUUGUGAUAGAAGACCUUUCGCUUUCCAGACGGGAUGUUCAUAACAGUGCGAUUUGCAGGUAAGGGGACUAAGUUCUUGCACAAAUUUUACGAGUAUUUAAGGAUAAAAAUGUAUAUAUACAACGGAGAAGUUAACCAAGCGCCUUGAAAAAUAAAGCGCUACUCUGAUGGUUGUGGCACCACGCGAUCUUUUGUAGGUAUGAUCCAGCUUAUAGCUAAAGGGGGAUUUUCUGGUAACUGUUCUCUAAAGAAGUAAUACUCUCUUAGAUACUCAAAAACAAAGAACGAGGAGAAGGGAAAAUCUUAAAGGGUAUAAUUAAACAAUAACGCUUUUGUUGUGUAUUUUUAAAGAGGCUCUUAGCAAUGCCUGUGUAGAGAGCAUUGCCGUGCCGGUCACGAAUACGACCGGAAUGUCAGACACAAGUCCUGAGGCCUUAUAGUUUUAGGGUAAUCAGUUUUCCUGUAAUAAAAAUCAUUUAUCUUGGCGACGACUAAGAUAUGGAAAUUAGGUUGGAAUGAGAGCAAACAGAUAUUAUAUUGAAAAGGAAGUUGUCUUAUUUACAUUCAUCUAAUGUGUUUGAAUCUGUUGGCGACAAUGCACUCCCGACGUCAAAUCUAAUAAACUAUAAUACGAAAUGGAAACAAUUUGAUUGAGCAUUUUUUAUGUUUAGUUUCGUUUUUUCUUUCCUUUGGGCAUCCAGUAAAAGUAGGUAAUAUGAAGAACCUUUUCGUUAUUUUAUUUUUUUAUCCAGGCUAGUAAGUCUAAGUCUCUGCUUGAUACCUAUAUAAGCAUAAACGCAAAUUUAUUACAUUUCUAUCUCUUGAUAUACAAUAGUCUCUACAUGCUGAUUUUGUGAUCCAAUCCGCUGUUCUUCUUUAGAUGAUAAAACGGAACUUUUUAAUCCAAACUGCAGAAAUUGUCUGCUUCUUAGCAACAUAAAGGAGCGAUGUGACUGCGAAGACGAUGGUAACUAUAGUUUUUACAUUUAUUUUUUAUUGAUCUCUUUAUCUUUUGAAGAAACAAAUACAUGACGGGAAUAAAAUUUUCCUGUUGGAUUUAUUAUUGCAUGCUCUUGACCUAUCAUGACUCUCUUUUACUCAGGGAAAUCUCCGGCCCAUUGCAUAACUAACUCGCCAAGACUCUAGGUGAGCGCAUCAUUACGGAUCGAAAGCACCCAUUUUGAAAAGAGCUCCUUGUGUGGCCGGUACCGUGCACAUAAUUUUUUUAUGCGGAUGACCUAGAUUUCAAUGUCUUAUUAAUAUGUUGUGGUAACCAUCUCUUUCCUUUUUUUCAUCCUUUACAGAUAUCAUCGAUCUUUCUGAUGAAAGCGGCUCACUAAAACAUCUUCAAAGCCAUCCGUUGGAUUACGGAACCAAAUACUUCAAUGAAAGAGAGAUUCUCAUUCUUGUAAAAAAAGAAAGUAAGAAUCUAUUUUAAACAGUUAAUCGACUUUUGUUUUACCUUAGUAGUAUUAUUCAGCUAAGGAAACUAAGAGCCGAGCAGUCUUUUGAGGAAAUCAUGGGGUGAAAAAUAGUCAUCCAUGGAACAAACUUUUGACUAUUCAUCCAACACACUCACUAAGGCUUUUCCUUAACUUGUUGAAUUUAGAGCGUUGGAGAUCAUAUAAUCAAGAGUCUCGGGUACUGAAACUGAAAAACAUAAGUUGUUUCAUUCAGGACUCAUACAAAAUGUAAGGUUUGCCAUGAACUUUCUCAGUUGAAUUUUCCUGAAUUACAUGGCUUAGCUUUGUCGCACCCCUUCCAAAGUCUGCGUGUCUUUUCGCUGAGUUCUUCACUGUUUUCAUCACAGAAACUGAUGGUGAGACUAUGACCUUCGUACCACUCCUGGAAGGAAUGGAAACUAAUAAGGCGUUCUUGGGUAGGUGAAAUAAAGUGUUUUAAAAAAGUAUAAAGAUAAAAACUGAGAUCGAAAACCAACGGUUUACCGAUUACUUCCAACACAAGCGUACUUGAAAGACUGCCGCGGCGGAAUGACAUGAAUUCAACGGUAUGUUUUCCAGGGUGUAUAAAUGUGAUUUGUGAAUAACGUGUUCAGUUUAAUGCGUUAAAAGGUUCUGUUUUCAGAAAAAAAAAAUUAGAAUAUUUCAUUUCUUUUUUGAGAUAUGAGAGGUAAGUGUUCUAAGGAAAGGUUAGCACUAUCUUGAUUACCACUGAGUAUUUUUAUUGGACUGAUAAGCUGACUGAUUGGUUGUUUGAAUGGUUAAUAUCGCCAUCUAUUAGACUGCGCAGCUGGCGGAAUUGCUUGUCCGCGCGCGUGAGACUUUUGGUGAAUUGUUUGUCCGCGAAAAUGAGUGUUUUGGCGGCGAAGCAGCAAAACGCGAGGAUCCCGUCAGCUAAGCAGCCUACAAUAAUCGAUUGAUUAGUUGACUGAUUGAAUAAUUGAUCGUGAUUAAUUUUUAGAACGCCUCAACCCACCGCCACCAAAACCAGAAAAGGUACGCUCGCCAACAAGGGAUUCCCCAAGCAAGCUGUACUCUGAGGGAGCCCGAGGGAAAAGGGCAUCCCUCGCACCCAGGCCAAAAAUAAAUCAACUAGCGCCUCCGUCGAGUUCAACAAGAUCGCUCUCCCCGGGGAGAAGAGGUAGUAGAACGAGGAGCCAAAGCGUGCAACUUGCGCAAGCCCCAGUUGGAUCAUUCCAUUCAUCAAGACGGGCUCGGUAGCUGACGCUUAUGAAUACAUGGCAUUUGACUGCGGGAGUUGUAGGGAAAGAUGGAGUGGAGAAACUGGACCAGUGGAUCGUCCAUAGGGAGCCCUAUGACGCGCGUAGGCGAGACAAAAAUGAUAGUAAUAAAGGACAAACUCUAGAAUUAGAAAUUUUAUC